ACUGCUUGCUUUUUUUACGCUUUCCCUUCGCAAGAAGAGUUGAAUACUGGCCUGAUUUUUCGGCAAUCUACUUCAAUGUACGCUGCAGCGAUUGUGUGUUUCUGUUACGAGUUGUCUAAAAGAAAGUGUCCGCGGGCAAGAGUUCCGGCGGUCCGCAGAGUCGUGAGAAAGUCGCAACCCAUGCGGUGCGCGUAGAGACGUAAAACGGAAGAAGCCCAUACCGGUGUUUCGACGUUUUUGAAAGACUCCCGAUUGCCAGUUGUGUAUUGGGAUUUUUGGUGGGUAAGAUAUGCUGGACAAACAUCUGAUAUUUUAUUUUCUUGGACGGGGCUGCCGGCUCUGCGGGGGCAUCCCCUUUUCAACGUAGACGCCAUAACGGGAACACCGGGUACAUCCCCUGUCAGUUUUUUACAGCUGUAUCCCUCAGGCCAUUUUACUGGGUUACAGUAGUCGUUGGGAGUACUGUUUACGGUCUUGCCGGUACAUUUUAUCCGUCGGGACCGUGUGUCUCUCUGCCGCAAGUGUGUAGGACGGAGACAGACGGAGACCGGUUUUCGGCGCUCCGAACGAGGCUCUCUGUAUGCCGGAGCUGGCCAGUUUUGGUAUGCUGUUUUUUGCAGCAACCGCGCCUGUGAUCAGAAGCGUCUGCUGUGACUGGGCGAUAUUUGCGUGACUCGGUUGAGUCUUCGUUUCGUGACCCGUGCGUGGUAGCGUAUUCACCCUCGAAAUUUUUUCGAACCCAUCCGCGUGGCCACUGUGUUUGUGUUGGACUCACCAGACAGUGAGGAACAUUAGGGUUUUGGCCCCUUUCUCCCGCCAACUUCCCUUUGGUUGUAUGUUAGUGUGAGGAAACAUGGCGGCCUCCUCAAGCGCUGUUUCAGGGGCCUCUUCCUCUCCAGGUUCGGUCAAGAAGGCUGACACGUUUAUAAAGCGCGUGCAGCCAUUUGCUGUCGGAGGUCUCUCAGGGUGCGUUGCGACGACCUGCGUCCAACCAAUAGAUAUGAUCAAAGUGCGCAUUCAGCUGGCGGGAGAAGCUGGCGGUUCAACGAAUCCCUUUACUGUCUGCCGUAACAUCGCCAAAAACGAAGGAAUCUCAGGCCUCUACAAAGGUCUCGAUGCUGGACUGAUCCGCCAGCUCACAUACAGUACAGCCCGCCUGGGUCUCUUCCGCAUCAUCAGCGACGAGAUGCGCCAAAUGGAACCGAAAGACGAGAAUGGCGUCGCGCGACCUCUGCCGUUGUGGAAGAAAGCCGUGGCAGGGCUUGCCGCUGGUGGCCUCGGGAGCUUUUUCGGCAAUCCAGCUGACCUUGCCCUGAUCCGUCUCCAGGCGGAUGCAACACUUCCUCCCGACCAGCGUCGAAACUACACCGGUGUCUUGAAUGCCAUCAGCCGCAUUGUGAAAGAAGAAGGUCUUUUUGGUCUCUGGCGAGGUAGCACGCCAACAGUGCUCAGAGCCAUGGCUCUAAAUAUGGGCAUGCUCGCCUCGAACGAUCAAGCGAAGGAGCUUUUGGAACCCGCUUUCGGAAAAGGAUGGACGACAACUUUGGGGGCGAGUGCCAUAUCAGGUUUCUUCGCUGUAACAUUUUCUUUACCGUUCGACUUCAUAAAGACAAGGAUGCAGAAGAUGCGUCGCGACCCGGUGACCGGCCAAUUGCCCUACAAGAAUUUCUGCGAUGCCGUGGUCAAAAUCACCCGACGUGAAGGCAUCAUGUCACUCUACACUGGCUACCCCACCUAUUACGUACGUAUAGCUCCGCAUGCAAUGAUCACGUUGAUUUCGAUGGAGUACCUGAACAAGAUGUGGAACAGGUACACGAGUGUGUAGCCGUCGGAUGCAUGUUGGUUUUCGGUAGCUUUCUUGAGUGUCGGGUUUUUGUGCCGACUGUUGUAAAUCGCAAGUAAGCGCCUCCAGUUUUUCCAUUCGAACCCACAAUGACGUGUACCUUUUCUGCAAGGACCAGGUGUUUCGAAAGUAUUUUUAUGCUGGGGACCUCCCAGUUGUGUAGCGAUUAGUGGAAGCUUGGUUAAUGCCACAUAAGCUAGUGUGUUGCCGUGUUUGCCACGGAAAUGGGGCGUUUUCAAGAGCUGCUGGAGCGCUGAACCGAUUGUCGUCGAAUGCCACGCAUGCUUCACUGCUACUCAACGCCAACUUGAACGACCAGUCUAACCACCUGUAGAGGCUUGAAG